AUGUCAGAAGAAAUUUUGAAGUUCAGCUCCAUGGAUGAUCUUUGCCACUUGUUUGGCCUAGCUGGGUUUAAUUCUAACUUAGAUGGGAAAGAAAAAUCUGUGGUUAUGCAUAACACUGGAAAAGGUCUCUUGGAUGUCAUGGAAAUUGAUUUUAGCUAUGAUCAAGCCGAUGGAUGGUGGGGGAAUACACUUACACCAGUGAGAUUGUUCUCAGAGUUAGAUAUUGAAGAGCUUUUGAAGGGUGGAGCAAAUUACAAUCUUUUUAAUAGUUCGGAAUUUGAGUGGGGUUUAUCAGCCAAUAAGAGGCAGACAGUAGAAUCUUCAUCUAUGAAUAACAAUACAAUACAUUUCACCAACCUUCAUAGGCCUGGGACUAGAGAAGACUUGAUGCAGCCUCUUGGUGACUUGGACAACACAAAAAUCCCCAAACAAGAAAGAUACAUUUUCAAAAUUACAAGCAGCCAUGUGGCUUGA